ACCACGCCCUCGAGGAUGUGCGUCACUGCGACUCCCGCAAUGCACCGCGGUGUGAUGUACGAACAUGGCGUCGAAUGCGGUUUUGACCAGGCCCCGGGCUCCGCUUCGCACGUCCAAUAGAACCACGGAGGCAUCUUAAAUCAAUUUUACAACUCGAGAUUUGACGAAGGAAACUGCAGAGAGAGAGAGAGAGAGAGCGCACUGACGCUUCCAAGUGCACCAAAGAAAAACCCAGUGGACCAAAAGGAUGAUGUUAAUUUCGGGGCCGCAGGUAAAGCUUCAUCGGAUGGAGGUAAAAGACGCUCAUCAAGGUUAAAUAGACUGACUGGAAGAACAAGUUCUGGGGAAAAAGACAACAACUCAUUUGCAAAUAGAGAGACCAACUCUCCUAUUGUGCCAACUAGUACACAUGAGAAAGUCUCCUUAGAUCAGAAGAAUAGUUUCAUUGUCGCUGCAGGAAAUGAAAAGCGUCAUGGAUUGGAAGCUGCAGCACUGAUGCAUCACACUGUUGAGGGGAGCACACCUGCGGUGCCAGUUACAAUGGAAGGAUCGCUGACAGAGCAACAGCUUGGCCUCCGACAGGCGGAGGAGCGCCUUUACAGAGAUUAUAUUCACAGUCUUUUAAAACAAUCCCCAGAAUACCCCAAAUAUCAAUACAUAUGCAAGCUCUGUUCGGUUCAUAUUGAGCACAUUCAAGCAGCGCACAAACACAUAAAGGAGAAAAGACACAAGAAGAACAUAAUGGAAAAACAGGAGGAGAACGAACUGCGUGCCCUGCCACCCCCCACAGUUUCACAGCUAAGGGCCAUCGACACAGCUGUUCUGGAAACAGCCAGGCAGCACGGAAUUUCGGAGGAGGACUUUGAGCAUCGGAAGGCCGUGGUUACGAGGAUGGAGGACAUAAUAAAGAAACACCGCUCAGCUUGCACUCUAAGUCUCUACGGUUCUUGUCUUACCCGAUUUGCCUUUAAGACGAGUGAUAUCAACAUUGAUGUCAACCACCCAUCCACAAUGACGCAACCGGAAGUCCUGAUUCAAGUGCUUGACAUCCUCAAAAAUAGCACUGAAUUUUCAGAGGUUGUGUCAGACUUUCAUGCCAAAGUUCCUGCCAUCAUCUGUCGUGAUGUCAUAAGUGGCCUGAUGUGCAAAGUCAGUGCAGGUAAUGAUGUUGCUUGUCUGACCACAAAUCACAUGGCAGCCUUGGCAAAGUUGGAACCCAGGUUGGUUCCCCUGGUGCUGGCUUUCCGGUAUUGGGCAAGGCUGUGUCACAUUGACUGUCAGGCCGAGGGUGGAGUCCCCUCAUAUUCCUUCGCUCUCAUGGUCAUCUUCUUCUUGCAGCAGAGGAAUGAGCCAAUUCUCCCAGUCUACUUUGGCCACUGGAUUGACGGCUUUGAUGUGAAACGUGUGGACGAGUAUCAUCUGACAGGAAUCCAGUCAGACAUGUAUGUGCAAUGGGAGCACAGACCUUCUCGCACCACGGAUGGGCAGGGAGAGAAUCGAAACGAGGCUAAGGGGGAAGGCAAAUCAAAACCAGAACGCAGUAAACCUGAUAAAGCUCAGUUUUCACACGGCUUGGCCCGGCUGACUUUUGAAUUGUGUAAAAACGUCUCACUGGGACAGUUAUGGUUGGAACUCAUGCGUUUCUACACACUUGAGUUUGCAUUGGAAGAGUACAUUAUCAGCAUCCGUUUAAGAGCGCUUGUCUCUCGGGAAAUGAAGAACUGGCCUCGUCGCCGUCUUGCUAUCGAAGAUCCAUUUGCUUUGAAGAGAAAUGUUGCACGAAGCUUGAACAGCCAAAUGGUGUUUGAGUAUAUACAGGAGCGGUUCCGCACAGCUUAUAAAUACUUUGCCUGCCCACAGAGAAAAGGGAGGAUGGAGCAGAAAAGCAAGAUGGCUGGCAAGCGAGGGUCUAAGUUGUUACAAGUAGAGAAGGAGGCCGUAUCAAAGUGUGCUAGCAAGAUAGAGACUACGUUACCAAAUUUAACAGAUGAGAAAAUUCAGUUGCUGUUCCAACAAUCACAGGAUAAUGGUGAAAGUGUGACUGACCAUAAAGAUCAGUCAGAUCAGUCUAUAAAGGAGGAUGAGAAGACACUUGAUGGCAACCUCAUGGAAAUGUCCCUCAGGGAAGAGAACAAAGCAUCUGAACACUUGUCAAUCCCUGCUCUUUCUAUCAAUGGGUUACUUGACAAAGAAGUAAAUGAUGAGGAGUGUUACUCUGAAAAAGAAGGGAUCAUAACAUCAGAAGAGCUUCACUAUAUCUUUGAUAAGAUGAUAUUCACUGGCGGGAAGCCUCCAAAUGUUGUGUGCAGUAUUUGCAAACGAGAUGGUCACCGAAAAGACGAAUGUCCAGAUGACUUUAAGAAGAUGGAGUUGAAACCCCUGCCUCCAAUGAACACCCAUUUCAGAGAGAUCCUUAAUGGUCUUUGCAAACUGUGCCACUAUGAACUAGCACCCACACAUGCUGAGCAGCAGAAGCGAGAGCAAAUCCUGGCCAGUCUGGAGAGGUUCAUCAGGAAGGAGUACAAUGAUAAAGCUCAGCUGUGUUUGUUCGGAUCCUCCAAGAAUGGCUUCGGUUUCCAUGACAGUGACCUUGACAUUUGCAUGACUCUAGAAGGUCAUGAGACUGCUGAGAAGCUGAACUGUAAGGAGAUCAUCGAAGGCCUUGCUAAAGUACUAAAGAAGCAUGCAGGUCUGAGGAACAUAUUGCCUAUUACUACAGCAAAAGUGCCUAUCGUGAAGUUUGAACACAGGCAGAGUGGUUUGGAGGGAGACAUCAGUCUCUACAAUACUCUGGCUCAACACAACACCAGAAUGCUGGCUAUGUAUGCAGCCCUGGACGAACGUGUGCAGUUCCUGGGAUAUAUGAUGAAAGUCUUCGCAAAGCGCUGUGACAUUGGCGAUGCAUCCAGAGGAAGUCUCUCAUCUUACGCAUACAUCCUGAUGGUGAUUUACUUUCUGCAGCAGAGGCAGCCUCCAGUCAUCCCAGUCCUGCAGGAAAUCUUUGAUGGAACAAGUAUUCCCCAGAAAAUAGUAGAUGGUUGGAAUGCCUUCUUCUUUGAUGACCUUGAAGAUUUGCGCCUGCAUAUGUCAGUGCUGGAACUCAACACAGAAUCUGUGGGUGAGCUAUGGUUAGGCCUCCUGCGCUUCUACACCGAAGAGUUUGACUUCAAAGAGCACGUCAUCACCAUCCGCCAAAAGAAACGCCUCACCACCUUUGAAAAACAGUGGACGAGCAAAUGCAUUGCUAUUGAAGAUCCUUUUGAUUUGAAUCAUAAUCUUGGUGCUGGAGUUUCUCGCAAAAUGACAAACUUUAUCAUGAAGGCUUUCAUAAAUGGGCGAAAGCUGUUUGGAACUCCCUUCUAUCCGGUCCCUGGUACUGAAGUGGACUACUUCUUUGACGCAAAGGUUCUAACAGACGGCGAGUUGGCACCAAAUGACAGGUGCUGUAGGAUCUGUGGAAAGAUUGGACAUUAUAUGAAGGACUGUCCCAAGCGACGCAGAAUGAAAAAGAGAGAAAAUGACAAAGAUGACGAUGUAAAAGAGGAAGAGCGGGAGCAAAAAGACAGGCGUUGUUUUCAGUGUGGGGACACUGGUCACGUAAGGAGGGACUGUCCUGAAUACCGCCAUCUAAAGCAGAGGACUGCCGGGGCAACAGCUCCUCACAUGGUACGGUCUUUGGUGAAUUCUCAGUCCAUCACUGGCUCCCAGGUAGUGCCAGACUGUCCUGGAAGGGCCAGGCUAUCCUCGGAGAGCUCAGACAGUCGCCAGAUUCUACCCUAUUCUCCACAGCCCACAGCUGUGUCUCAAAGUUCCCCUCAGUCCUGCAGUUCUCCCAAGCCCUCCCAAAAUAAAACCAUUUCUUCAGGUCCCCAGAAACAGCCCACUUACCCCCAGGUCCCUCUCUCCAUUUUCAACUUCCCUUCAUCCCACCCAGGCCAAUAUCACCUUGGGACACUCUCUGAACUGUGGCCUCUUCCCUCCCACCAGCACCAGUCGCAUCCAUCGCAGAGCCAGUCUCAUCACUCAGCUCACAUCCCCACUCCAUCCUGGCCCAUUCACAGACCUCUGCUUUCUACAAAUACAACGACCGCCCCCUCCCCGCCUGGCUUGAAAUUUGCUCUUCAUUCAGCAUUGGGAAGUACCACAAGCUCCGGGGGCAGCCCCAACCCCAUAAACCUGAAUGAUCCUAGUAUCAUUUUCGCACAGCCGGCAGGAAGACCAGUGGGCAUUGGUGGGCCAGGACGGGAAGGACACUGGCUCAAUCACUUGGCACAACCUGGCUCACUUAUGGGAAAUGGCACUGUGGUCAAGUCAGAAUUGGGCCACCCAGCAGAGUUUAUUGGUGCGAGCCAAGGUUCUCAGCUGUGGGAGCACAAUAAAACACCCCAGUACACACUGUCUCCUUCCUGGCCCUCCCGAAUGCCCCAGAAGUUUAUCCAGCAGGGAAACAGUGGCUCCCAACCAGGCUCUGUGGUGCAACCGAAUCCAACCUUGCCCAUGGGUCCCCACGUCAGACACCCAGUGAAUCUGAAGUUCAUCCAGCAGAAGAAGUGAACUGCCUUUUUUUUGUUUUGUUUUAUAUUUUGGUUUAUGGCCAGUGACACAAAAAAGUCAAAUUAUGUACCCUUUGCACCAUUUCUAUCACCAGAAAUUUGAAAUAACUUGUAUAAUUUUUGUACAGCUUUUAUGUUUUAUUUUUUGGGUCUCAUUACAUUGAUUUGUGAUACAAAUGUCAAAUAUUUUAAUUCCCCAAUUUUGAGGGGCUCCAAAAGUGUUUUUAUUUUAUGUAUGAAGUAAGGAGGAAAAAUGUAAACAUAUUUUUAUGGGCUUCUGUGUUUGCCAUGAGAUGAAAGAUUUGAACAGGUACAGUAUUUGAUUCAAAAACAGUCUUGAGAUGUCACUCUAAUCAUUUAGUGCCACUGUCAUUAGCACGAAUAAGGGAAGAAUACCUAUUAGGAAAAGAAUAAAAUCAUGGCAAACCA